AUGAGCAAGACAUACCCCUCCCAACUCGACAAUGCCUGGCAGCAUCGCACUUCACCUGGAAGAAUCCACCAAGCAUGCCCAGAUAGUGUCACCAACGAAACGGACAAGAAGGUGAAUCACCAGCCCCAGACCGCCAAGUCUAUAUCACCCACUGUUAUCUCGAGCCAGAGUCUUUCGACAGGACACAUACGCAUUGCGACCUCCUAUCGCCGUCACCAUCAUCAAUUGCCUCCAAUGGGGACGAUGAAUCUCGUUCGCGAGAUGAGAUUUAUUGAAACCAGGACAGGAAUUCCAGAGGUGCUUAUACUAUUCCUCGAGAAUGUAAACCAAUCUCGUACCAGGGGCAUGGGAAAAGCCUGCGGAUGCGAGCUGCAGAGGCCAGAGUGGCGACGCUCGAGGUGGUCCCUUGUGCUGCAGAAAACUCCAAGAGAGGGAGUCCUCGACCUUCAGGGCAAAGGUGCUGGGCAGGACGACCAAUCCCUCUACGAAGUCCUUGAGGAUCAUCUUGACCUCAUUCUUGGAGAGACUGUCAGCGCCCACAUGCGCCCAACUGACCAGAGGCGAAAAUUCAACGAAUUCGGGCCUGGAACUAUUAUAUUGGCUCCUCUCAUUACCAAAUCGCUUACAUUUCACCAUGUCAUCCCUACUGCACUACUGAUUCUUCAACUGCGGACAGCGCAAAACGCUACAUAUCCUACCUGGCACCAGAGCCAAGUCUUGCCAUGCCCUUAUCACGAAAAGGGUCGGAACAGGUCACUUCUGACGCCGGUCUCAGAUGAUCGAUUCUUGCCCAGCGACGCAUGCAUGUCCAGCAAACUCUGCGAACAUGUCGACUGGCUCGAGGCUCUCCAGUCUUGCGAACAGCACUUUGAUGAACUCCUCUCCGAAAACGUCGUUGAACUCUUCAUUCCCUUUGCUAAUAAUUGUUCUCGUCGCUCGAUUUUAAUCGCAACCAUCAAAACCCCCUUCACGACUUUGUCAAGUAUCCACCAAUUCUUUCUCACGAUUGAUCUGUUUCGCCAGAUAGACUGGAUGAAUGAGCGGCUACCUGGAGCGACGCAUGUCCCAAAAUCGAGAAUGAUGAUCUGCACGCCUACCGUCACCAAGAUCUGCACCUACAGUGAGCAUACCUCAGGAAACCAACCCAUGGCAGGAUGCACGAACUGGUGUGACUCAAUCAAGCGAACCUUUACCUCAUGUGCCCCUGCGCAACAACAGCAAUGCGCUCUAAAAGCGACAACUAUGACUUCGAGCACUACUGGAGAGGCCUUUCUUGACGACGGGUUCCUGGAGCUGGUCAAGGUCCAGGCUACCAAGACCGAUAUUGGUUUUCUUUUCACUCCAUCAAAUCUUCCUCGUCUUCUUCACCGGGGCCGACGACAGGAGCGAUCCCUCCUGUAG